UAUAGUAAUGGUCCCGGGUCCAGAUUGUGCCUCCAUCGCUGUGCUGUUGUCACUCUCUGUUAUAUCGUGUGUGUACAAUAUCAACACGAUAUUGUUGUUGAAAGUGUUGCUUGUUUCGGAGCCGUAACCAAAAAGGCGAAGAGGUACGUCUUUUGCGGUCAAUACUUGCCAUGAAGACGAAUAGGUACGCCCCAAAGAAAGACAGUAAUGAUGUACCUGCGACACCUCCGACAAGACGUCCAUCCCGUGGACAGGAGGAAUUGCAACGCGCGGGGAGCAGCCGCUUGUCGAUCUCGAGAAUACAACAGCCGUCAUUUCUGGACCAGAGGACCCAGCCAUCGAAUCCUACAGGGAGUAGAGGUUCCUCAGCGCCUGCUACCCAGCCAAGUUCCGCCAAAGGAGAUCCGAGGCCGCGGAGGGUCUACCCAUGCGACCAUUGCAGCAAAGUCUUCACAACUCGGCAGAAUCUGCUGUCACAUCAUCGGAUUCGACAACGGGUGUAUCCUUUUAAAUGUGACUCUUGCGACAUGGCCUUCAUUGAAUACAGUACUUUGUUCAAACAUAAAAAGAUCCACGCAAAAGUUCGGGAGAAGUUCAAGUGUAGCGAGUGCGAGGUGACUUACUUGUCAAAGCUUGGACUAAAGAAACAUCAAAAGAAAUGUCAUCCAGUUGCAUUAGAUGCAAGAGCUCAACCAGAAACUACGACUGAGGACAAGAGUAAAUUGACACCAAUUGCAAAGGAUGUGCAUGAGCCUGCCGAGAAAAUAACUGAAAGAAAAUGUUCUGAAACUGGCGUUGUUCAGGAGUCACCACUAGCUAACGAAAAUGUUUUUGAUACAAACACUUCUGGUGCUACUGACGUCAUAUCCGUCACAUCAGAUACUGGUGUUAUUUCCGAUGUUGCUGUGGAAACCACUUCCGUCCCGGCAACUCUUGACAUUGUUCUAACCGCCUCCGAAGUUUCCAUGGUGACCUCUGAUCCAGAGGUGCCAUCGUCUAGCAGCGAGAAUAUCCGGGAGUCGCCAAAAAGUCAACAAGCUAAACGUAGCCCACGGAGGUCUGAUCACGUGUUAUCAGAAACGCUCCAGUUUGAAACGUCGCCGAAACAGAAUAGGACGAAUAACGAUAAGGGCAGAGACAAAACUGCUACGGGUGCGAUGGCAUCGACUUCGGAACACAGCUCUGACGUUUGUGCAAAGCCCGUGGAAAAGUCUAAAGAACAGUCAGGUGGGAAAAGAAAAGUGACGAGGCUGUUAACUGAGACUAAGUCGCGGACAGCCAACAAAGAAAAUGCUCAAACUUCACUCGGGGAUCACGGAUGGGGACGUCGGUAUAACUGUAAAUUCUGUCCGGAGUCGUUUCCGCAGGCAGUACUCUUAAAGACUCACGUUGAGACAACGCAUUUAGACUCAAAGCGAUACUGUUGUUGGGAGUGCGACCGCGUCUUUGCGAAUCAAAAAGCUCUAGAUGCGCAUGCUGAAAAGCACGCCGCCAGAAAAUUUGAAUGCAAGACUUGUAAAAAGACUUUCGCGCAGAAGAUUACACUGGACGGACACAUCCGUUGCCACACUCGCGAGCAGCCAUUUCAAUGCGAUGUCUGCGAUCGUAGGUUCGCGCACUACCAGAGUCGCGAUGCUCACAUGCGAUUUCACACUCGGGAGAAGGCGUACAGGUGCCAGAGUUGUGAUUUUAAGACGUCCUGGCGGUCCUCAAUGUCAACGCACUUAAUGCUACACAAAGGUGAACGUCCGCAUAAAUGUAAACAGUGUGCGAUGCGCUUUACUCAGAAAUCGCAGCUGAAGACACACAUGAAAGGUGUGCACAACCCUGAGAAAAAGUGCAAAGUGUGCGGCGAUUAUGUCAAGAAUCGGAAAGCAAUGGUGGCACACCUGGCAGAGCAUAAUGGCGACAAUCCUUUCCAAUGCGAAUAUUGUGAUGAUGGUUUCGUAAAGAUGUUUCAGUUGAAGAAACAUGUCUUGGAGUCGCACACUCUUCCGAAUCGCUGCGACGAAUGCGGCGCCGCAUUCGCCUACCCAAGUGGGUUAAAAGUCCACAAACUCUCCCAUACCCAGAAGCGCGACUUCAAAUGCGAUUUCGAAAACUGUGGUGCUAGUUUCUCUCGUGUGAGUAACCUGAACGCCCACAGGCGUUUACACACGGGUAAUCUUCCAUACGCCUGCGAUAUAUGCAAUAGGAAGUACGACCGUCGCUCUUUGUUGGUUGUUCAUGUGAGGAAUUUUCACGAAGCUAAGCGUAAUAGGUCUAAGCCGAGAAAAUCUAAAUACAGGGAUUGUGUCCCCCGCCCUAGGACUCUGAUAGAGACGAGGACAGAUCCUACCUCAGAGACAUCCGCAGCUGUUGCAGCUACUCCAAUCACACUGGCUGAGACAGAGUCACAAUCAGAGGACACUAUCAUUGUGACUGUUCAAGCAACAGUUCCAACGCCAAAGAGAGACUGCAUUUCAACUCGGACUGGGAGCGAUGUGGAGACGACACAAGACACUACCAUUGUUACACUUCCUGCGGCCAAGACUGUUUCUCAAGUUGAACUUCAAAAUUCAGAGAGAAGGCAGUCUGAAUCAGAGGCCUCGUUCGAACUAUCGUUAGGACACCAAUCUAUGUCGGGUUCUCAGUAUAUGGAGGUAAACUCCAUCACUACACCACCGCAACCUAUGACACCGCUCCGGAACCCCGACAUGGAAUCCGAUGCAAGGUCCUCCGCAGGUAGCGACAGGCAACCUGUCACCACUGUCAGCCCCCAUUCGCCCUUCACUGAGAGAUUGAGGCAGUGCUUAUCUCCACCAAAGACUCUUGCUCCUGUAGAGAUCUGGACUGCCAGUGACGAUAGCUGUUUCAUGAUCCGCAGACUACCACGAUCGGGUGGUUCUCAGGGUACCGAAAUUGGUUCGGGGGGUCAAGAAACCCGAAGUAGAUCAAGCGCAUUAGUCAUUGGCGCCACAGAGAGAACCGAUGGUGUGUUUGGUGACCAACAAAGACCUCACGGGUCCUAUCAGUAUCAAGCUGGGGGACCCCAUGAUUUAGUUGCCUUAAGCCAGGUAAAUGAAACCAGCCUUCAAAAAUACAAGGCAACCUCUCUGAUUAAACGCAAAGAUGGCGGAUCUACAAGUUCUGAAAGCACCGUUGGGACGCCCCGGGAACAAGAGAGACGGUCACAACAUCAGAUGGUCUCGAAGACUGGGGCAAAACGGAAUAUGGAACCAUCGAGUUUUGCAGGAAGAUCGGCCAAGCAGCAACGUGUAAUGAAGUCACCUCAUAAAACAGGCAAACCGAAAGGAAAAAUCGGUACUUCCUCAAAAACUGUGAAAUCGAACGGGCCUUUUAAACAAAAAUUGAAAUCGAAUAAACUAUGUGCUUCAUCCCUAAAAAGGAAGGUUGCAAAAGGAGGUGAUGCUUUAAACAAACUUGCCCAGUCCCGAAAGGUUUCCAAUACUUCCGCGAGAAAGAGAAAAAUGCCGACUAAUAGUUGUAGUCCGAAACCAGAAAAACGGAAGACAGAAAAUGCACUUCAUCCCAAGAUUGUUCCUUCGUCCUCUGGGACAAAGUCAUCACAGACUUUGUCAAGAAAAUCACAAAACCAGGACAAAACAAAAUUAAAACCAUUAGUGACACCGGUAAAGCCCAGGCCUCUCUCCAAAACGCCUGGCCCAAAGACGCCCGUGAAGGCAAGACUGAUCUCCAAAUCGCCUAGCCCAGAGGGGCCUGUAAAGAAGAAGCCUGUCUCCAAAACGCCUCGCCCUAGGACGCCCGUAAAAUCAAUUCAUGUCUCCACGUCUACGGUUCCCGUAAAGGCGAGGCCUGCCUCCAAAGUACCUGGGACGCCCGUACAUGAAAAGACCGUCUCAAAAACGCCUAAGACCACGAAAAGGAUUCUUGCGACGAAACAGAGAAAGGUUUCACGACGACCUGUCACACACACCCCGAAAAAGCGCAGCCAAGGGCUAAAGAAGGCCGUCCCGAGAAAACCUGCUGUAGUCGCCGCCCGGUUACACCCAACAGGAGCCGUGAAACGUGUCAUCUCAGAUCAUUCAAAUGGUGCAAAGAAACCGCGAAUUCUUCCGGCGACUGUGACGGUACAAGACGUGCCCAUCGUUCGUCGAGGCAAGUCCAAACAGCCUGUACCUUAUCGAAAGGUAUCUAACUCUAAAUCAGGAAGUGGUGACAGAUGCAUGUAGAUGGCAGAUCCCAUCUUCUCGAAGAAAAACAUAUUUCUGUAUUACGUAUCAUGUUUCCGACACUUGUAGAGGUGACAUUUUUCCGGUAACACCAUUGCCAAACGGACGAUCGUGACAGAUGUAUUUUACUCCAGUUUAGCACUCGUUCUGUUUAUAGCCUCUCCUAAUGGUCUGAUUGUACCAGUGGUGCUUCUUUUACACAACUUGCUCAUUUGAAAAUAUUAAAA